GACUGAGGCUCGGGCGUCUAGCCGAUAUCAAAAGGAUGAGAGUGCAUGGUGCACCAAGGUGGUCUAUCCCAUGCUCCACCUUGCAUGUAAGGGCAGUAUGCUAAAAGCGGAGAGCGUACAAACCUAGACGAUCAACCCUGAGCUGCUCCCAAUAAUGCCGAAAAAUUACCGCGUCCAGAAGAAGUGCGAUUACGCGUUUUGCUUUCAUGAAGAUACCCAGCAGGUCUCUGACUUAUAUGAUGCCCUCACCUGUGCGGGCACGGGCGAUGUCUUGAGCCAAACGACAGACUCGAAUACGAAGCGGCGGUUACUCUUUUCCGGGCUUAGAGUCAAACAUGAGAAUGGUGGGAAGGAUGAAACACUUGCCCAACUUGCUACUUGGAUUGCGGCAGGGAUGGAAAACACCAGAAAACUUUUGAGACGAUCCUCCAAAGAGGUAUAUUCGUAUCGUGACCUGCCUCCAAUGGUUGGGUGGACUGUUGUUGGCCAUGACUGGUAUACUUGGGUCACUUUUGGUGCCACCAAGAAUGGCAGAGACAGGCUUGUUCGUAACUCCUCUCACAUACCGUCUGAGCUUUGCUGAUACUUUCGUUAUAUUACGCCGUAGAACCUUGGAGGGCGGCUGCUGCAGACACGAGAGAUGUGUAUGGGGCGUUUGAGUUGCUGAAGCUUUUGCGCAGGGCGUCGGCUUAUGCGAGCACUGCGUAUUGGUCUUGGUUGCGGCAAAACGU